ACUGUUUUCAGCAGCGCACUGAAGGAACCUGGCCGACAUGCAUGUAGUUUCUUAGUGAUAAUGCGAGUUUAUUUAGAUGUGAAUUGAAUUGUAAACAGUGAAGCCAAUCGUGUAUUUUUAAGAAAAUAUGUCGGUGUCGUUGAUCAGGAGAGGUCUGGAGCUGCUAAACGAUGAUAUUAAAGAUGGCAGUGGCGUAAAGAAUAAGAAGAAGCAGAAAACCCCUAGUUCAGCUGCAGCAAUGGACCUGGUCAGCACCAAGCGGCAGGGGAUCACCAGACAAAUCAAGAGGUUGCAGGGCCGCCUUGGCCCUGGAAAAAGCAAGGCCACAGUCAAAGACAAGUGGAUAAGAUCGGCAGUGGAGGAUUUUAGGAAAAACCAGCCAAAGAGCCAGAUGAGUGCUAAUCUGAAGUACUUUCUGGAUACCACCUGCAAAGCAACAGCUUCUGAUACGAUGAAGAUUUUGAACCACAACAAAGGGAGGCAGUCAAGAGAUCGCCCAGACAAACCCGUCAAACAGACCAAGGAGCCCGAAUCCGUGUUCACAGAGGAGGAGUUCCAGCAGUUCCAGAAGGAAUACUUCGGCAGGACUGUAGAGGACAAGAAAUGACACUAAGUUGGGAAACAAAGACUCCAAAACCAUGCUUUUGUUUUGUGAAUCAAAUUUAUUUUUUAGUUCAGCUCCACUACAAUACUUCCUUUUUGGUAAUUGGAGAUGAAGCUUCAUUAAACCAUAUUUCAUAACCCACUCUGGAAUUCAUAGAUAUUGGUUGAAAGUGUAACAAAUGGACAUUUUAUGAACUUUUGUUGAAAUGUUGAUGUUUAAGUUACAUUAAGGUUCUAAUGUUCUACAGUUCUUACCUGCUUUGUGGUCAUUCUGUUCUCUUAGCGUGUGACCUCUUGCUUCCACAGGUCAGACACAGACAUAAGUAACUCGGUUUAAUUUCAUCUUUGU